UUCAGUGGGCGGGGCGAUCGGGAGGAUCUGCGCAUGCGCGUCUGAAGUCUGUCAAACAGCUGUUCACAACAGAACAGCGGUCAUAUAAAAACAUAAAAACGAUCUAUUUUUCAUUUGAACUGUUCGCGGAUCGUUAUCGUGAGUAUCAGCCGCUCAAGAAGUGCCUGAAAGGACGCAGCUGAGAUGCGCGACGCGCUGCUGACGCCCGUCAGACGCUUCCUGUGGGCGACCAAUGUAACGCUGUACGGCUGUCUGUUCGCGGGCGGAGAUUUAGUUCACCAGUGCUUCUCGCGUAAAGAACGAGUGGACUGGACUCACACGAGAAAUGUGGCCGUGGUCGCAUUCAGUUUUCAUGGCAACUUCAAUUUCUUUUGGAUGCGCUUUCUGGAGCGACGCUUCCCCGGUAACGCGCUGCGUCCGGUGCUGCGGAAGCUGCUGCUGGACCAGACGCUCGCCGCGCCGCUCGCCAUCAGCGCCUUCUACACAGGUGUGAGCUUCAUGGAGGGCAGAGAGGAGAUUCUGCAGGACUGGAGGGAGAAGUUCCUCAACACGUACAAGACGGGACUGACGUACUGGCCGUUCAUGCAGCUCCUGAACUUUGCUCUGGUUCCUCCACUGAUCCGCACUGCGUUCACCGGCUGCUGUGGCUUCAUCUGGGCCACAUUCCUCUGUUUUUCCCAUCAAAGUGGAGACGGGACCCUUACAGCGGCUCUGGACUGGAUGCAUGGCGUUGAGCACAAACAACAGGAACGGAUCUCAGGAAAGGACAGGGCAGAAUGAUGAUCAGGGGGAAGUAAGAUCUUCACAUCUGUAUUCUACUCCUGCAGUCUGUUUCUGUUUUUUUUCCCCAGUUUUCACAAUGUCCCUGUUUGCAAAACAUGCUGAGAUUAUUUUGCCAACCAGUAC